UGGUGGUUAGAUGCCUUUAUUUGGGAGCAGGUCGACAACACAAAGUCACCGGGAACAACAUCAGGAAAACUUUUUGAAUCACUGUAUCGUUUUGCUUUUUUAAAAGAACAAAAAAAAAAUUUUUUUUUGCGUCUUUUAUCGUUUACCAUUUUAAUUCAUUAAACAAUGGCAAAUGCAGGAGUGCAGCUUCUUGGCUUCGUGCUGGCUUUAAUUGGCUUGAUAGGCAUCAUCACAGCCACAAUCAUGGUAGAAUGGAAAGCUUCAUCCUACACUGGGGACAACAUCAUCACGGCUCAAGCGAUGUAUGAAGGGCUGUGGCAGAGCUGUGCAAGUCAGAGCACCGGACAAGUUCAAUGUAAAGUGUACGAUUCCCUCCUCAAGCUGCCAGCAAAUGUACAGGGAACACGAGGGCUGAUGCUUUCAUCCAUCGUGCUGUGCAUCAUCUCUAUCCUGGUUGCGGUGAUUGGCAUGAAGUGCACUACCGUUAUGAGCGAACAACCGGAGCUGAAGGACAAAGUGGCUCUGAGCGGAGGGGUUGUCUUAAUUAUUGCUGGUCUGCUUGCCCUGGUGGGAACAUCCUGGUUCGGUCACAACGUAGCACAGGAAUUCUACAAUCCACUCACUCCAACUAAUUCCAGGUAUGAGUUUGGAAGGGCCCUGUAUGUUGGAUGGGCAGCUGCCACUCUGGUCAUUAUAGGAGGGGCCUUCCUCUGCUGCCACUGUUCCAACCAGGACUCAGGGCCAGCUCGACGCUACCCCCAGUCCCAGGCUCCAGGAGGCAAGAACUACGUGUAGGAGGAUAUUCACUUCUGCCAGCCUCUGCUCAUUUGAGCGUGCUGGCUGUAAAGGGGCAUAUUUGAGACCUGCUUACUGUUUUGCAGCAUGUUUAUUCGCAGGUACUAAAGGUCAAAAUGCAGGGGUAAAAGUAGUGUAGUGGGGCGGGAUGCUUCUUUUCAAUAAUCUGACAAUUACAUAUAUAAAUGUUAGCACUGAAUUUUACAAAUAAUGUCCGCGAACAAGCGCUAAAGACCAGUAACAUGUAUUAAGAUUUAAACUGGAAUUAUUUUAAAGCUGAAAUUAUUUGAGUUAAAAAAUGUUCAGAAUAUGUUGAAGACAGUUUUUGUUAUUCUUUGUAACUAUUUUUCAUUUUUGUAUAAAACUGCUAAGACGCUGUUGAUUUUGGUGCUUGUGUUUUGUUCCCAUUAUUGUUUUACUACAUGCCAAAUAAAAUCCCUGCCACUUUUCUAUGAAGGGAGGGUGUAACAUUG